CUAUUGUAUAAAUGUGUUUACAUUUUUGCAGGUCAAUAAAAACGGAAUAUUUAACGAACAAUACAGAUUCGUAUUUUUGGAUGUGCCUACAAUUUAAUAAAGCUAGCGACUACUCGUACUAUUUCUACAUGUUUUCGGAUAAGGAGCCAUUCCUUGCAAGCCUCAGAAUUCUGGGUGGAACGUACAGCUCUAUCGUGGGCAAAGUCUGCGCUGCUAGCGUACCAGUGUCUGAAUUCCAUACUCUGCUGAAAAUAGGCAACGAGAAUGCUGCGAAGGUUGACUGCCCUGACCCUCUGCUCGGUUCCUUCAACUACACUUACACGGAGAAGAAAGUAACGUAUUGUGCUAACGUCAACACCGCCACCAUCAACGCCUGUGACGCGGCAACGUUUCGUACGCACGUCAUCGUUGAUAAUACUGGCUGUACGGCGAAGAAGCCUUUCUAUUCAACAUCCGGUCAGCUUUGGUGCAUAGUAAGUUUCACCCCGUCUACAGUGUCCUACACCACUCUGUAUAACCCGGAUUCAACCGUGUCAUCUAAGUUUGUUUGUGUGGCGGCCCAAUCGUCCGGAAGCUCAACCCAGCUGAGUAUGAUCCCCGGGGAGUGUACGGGCACCCAGACACCCAGCGUCUCUCCCUCCGACACCACCGGGGCCACUAUGGAACUGAAACCAUACUUUUCGUGUAAGACUACACCAUCAACACCGUUGUUCACGGGUUGUAGAAGCAUAUUGCAACACCGUUGUUCACGGGUUGUAGAAGCAUAUUGCAACACAGCUGUGAUAUAGGGUUUGCAGUGAUAUGUGGAUUUGUGUGCACGUGCACUUUUAUCUCACGCCCAUGUGUCGGAUUUUGCAUCUUACGAAAUAAAGAGGACUUGUUUUUUUCUGAGCAAAAACAAUUGGCACUUAAAGUACGACGAAUCACCCAUUAAUUGUCAAUAGCGAAGGCGUUCAUUUCCCACUAUACUAUAUCAGUGCAAAUUCCCCGA